CUGUGUUUGGGUGCAGCAGCUUCAAAGAUGGCAGCAGAUGCAGGAAAGUACAGAAGUGCAAUGAGCAAAAGUAAAGACCCUUCGGGGUUACUCAUCUCUGUGAUCAGGACACUGUCCAGAAGCGACGAUGUUCAGGACCGAGAGACUGAAAAGGGCCGCCUGGAGGAGGCCUAUGAGAAAUGUGACCGGGAUCUGGACGAUCAGAUUGUACAGCAUUAUACUGAGCUGACCACUGCCAUUCGCACGUACCAGAGCAUCACGGAGCGCAUCACCAACUCGCGGAACAAAAUCAAGCAGGUGAAGGAGAACCUGCUGUCCUGCAAGAUGCUCCUGCACUGCAAACGGGACGAGCUGCGCAAGCUGUGGAUCGAGGGGAUGGAGCACAAGCACGUCCUCAAUCUGCUGGAUGAAAUCGAGAACAUUAAGCAAGUGCCGCAGAAACUGGAGUCCUGCAUGUCCAGCAAGCACUACCUGCACGCCACAGACAUGCUGGUCUCUGCCGUGGAGUCCUUGGAGGGACCUCUCCUGCAGGUGGAAGGCCUCAGCGACCUGCGUCUGGAGCUGCACAGCAAGAAGCUCAACAUGCACCUGGUUCUCAUCGACGAGCUGCACAGGCACCUGUACAUCAAGUCCACCAGCCGGGUGGGCGGCAAGAACAAGGACAAAGACAAGGACAAGGGAAGAUCAGGAAGUUCGUCUGCAAAGGAAACCUCUCCAGUCCCCUUGAUUGAAGUCAGCAACUUGUCUACUCCACGGAAGUUCAUGGAGCCCUCUCAGUACGCCACUCCUGGGAGUUCUAGUAUUCGAGAGCUAAAUCUCCAGGAGGUGAAGGAGGACCUGGAUGUGGACCCAGAGGAGAACAGUGGCGUGUUCAUGGGAGUCCUCAUCAAGGGUCUGGCCAAGCUGAAGAAGAUUCCUGAGACCAUAAAGGCGAUCACAGACCGCCUGGAGCCAGAGCUGAAGCAGAUUGUCAAGAGGUCCACCACUCAGAUAGGAGACCAUGCCUACCAGAGAGGAGAGAGUCUCUCACAGGAGAAUCAGCCCAGGUUGCUUCUGGAGCUGCUGGAGCUGCUGUUUGACAAGUUCAAUGCUGUGGCUGCUGCUCACAGCAUCGUCCUGGGGCACCUGCAGCAGAUCGUCAGAUCCCCUAAUGGUGCCCAAGAGGGACUCGUCAAGCUGUAUGACAUGGCCGAUGUGUUUGCCAAGAUACAAACAGUUCUCCAGGUGUUGCUGAUGGAUUAUCUAGAUGUGAAGAACACUCGCAGUGCUUCUGAGCCCACAGCUCAGCUCACCUACGCCAGUUCUGGCAGUGACUUUGCUACCUUCUUUGGCAAAAAGAAACCCCAGAGGCCCAAGCAGUCCCUUUUCAAGUUCGAAUCUUCAUCCCACGCUAUAAGCAUGAGCGCCUAUCUGCGUGAGCAGAGGAGAGAGCUGUACAGCAAAAGUGGAGAACUGCAAGGAGGGGCUGAUGACAACUUAAUUGAAGGAGGAGAGACAAAGUUUGUUUGCAAACCAGGAGCAAGAAACAUUACGGUCAUUUUCCACCCGUUGCUGAGGUUUAUCCAGGAGAUAGAGCACAGCAUGGGACCCGGGCAAGCCAAGCAAUGCCAGCUGAGGACUUUUCUCACUUAUUACAUCAAUGAUUACUUCCUGAACCAAGUCCGCACUGAGAUCAACAAAGAAAUUGAGACAGUGACCAAGGUGUCUGACCCCCUGAAGAUCCUGGCCAGUGCAGAUACAAUGAAGAUACUUGGAGUGCAGCGGCCCUUACUGCAGAGCACAGUGGUAGUGGAGAAAUCUAUCCAGGAUUUAAUGAAUCUGAUGCAUGACUUGAGUGCUUACUCCAACCAGUUUCUCGAGAUGGUGUGUGACAAGCUGAAGGAGUACAAGGAGAUCUGCAACACUGCAUACAGCAGGGGUAUAGUUCAGUCUGAGGAGAAGCUGACAAUCAGUGCGUCGUGGGCCAAGGAUGAGGACAUCAGCAGGCUGCUCCAGUCCCUCCCCAACUGGGCCAGCAUGGCACAGCCUAGACAGCUGAGACAGAAGAGGGAGGAUGAGGAGGACUUCACAAGGGCUGCCUUUGCUAAAGAGUCAGAGGUGCUCACUGGUAACCUAGGAGACAAGCUGAUCCCUCAGAAUGAAAUUCUACGUGAUGUCAGUGAUCUGAAAGCCCUGGCAAACCUCCAUGAGAGUCUUGAGUGGCUAGCAGGGAGGCUUAAGGGCUUUUUCUCCAGCCUACCAACAACACAGACCAUGUCUCCAGGCUCGGAUUCCCAGGUCAAUACAGAACACACACGAACCCGCGAGCAGAUCAUGCAGACCCUCAAUGACCUUGCAAGGUCAUUUCAAGAGAUGGCUGAUCGUUGCUUACUGGUGCUUCACCUAGAAGUCAGGGUUCAUUGCUUCCAUUACCUCAUCCCUCUCACAAAGCAGGGGAAUUAUGCCAUAGUUGCCAAUGUGGAAAGUAUGGACUACGACCCCCUAGUGGUGAAACUCAAUAAAGACAUCAGUGCCAUAGAAGAAGUCAUGAGUGCCAGUCUUCAGCAACACAAGUUUCAGUAUAUAUUCGAAGGUCUGGGCCAUUUGAUCUCCUGCAUCCUGAUCAAUGGAGCCCAGUAUUUCAAGAGGAUUAGUGAAUCUGGGAUUAAGAAGAUGUGCAGAAAUAUUUUUGUCCUACAGCAGAAUCUGACUAACAUCACUAUGUCCCGUGAAGCUGACCUUGACUUUGCCAGGCAGUACUACGAGAUGCUGUACAACACAGCUGAUGAACUGCUGAACCUGGUGGUGGACCAAGGGGUAAAAUACACCGAGCUGGAGUACAUCAAUGCAUUGAGCCUCCUCCAUCGCAGCCAGACGGGUGUGGGAGACCAGACUGUGCAGAAUAUGAGGCUACAGCGCCUGAAGGAGAUCAUCUGUGAGCAGGCCGCCAUUAAACAGGCUACCAAGGACAAGAAAAUAACCACAGUGUAAUUCCUUUCUCUCCAGCAGCUGUUGUCUUUCAGUACAUAUCAUUGCAUUAACCACUAAGGAAAAUGACAGUACUUAUAACUGUUCAUGCAAAUAGCUAAGAUCUAGGUGUUGCAAUAUGUAAGAGUCCAGGAGAAUAAUGUGUUCCUCUUAAGUCUGUCUUUUCUUAAACAUUUACGGGCACCUGUAUAAAAACAUAUCUGUGUGAAACAAGAUGCUCAAGGUUAUUUAGCUCAACUCAUCUUCAGGAAACACUGUACAUGGUUUUAGGAUAUUUCAUUCAUUUUAAUAUAAUCCCAGCCCACACUUUAAAAUAAUUAAAAUCACUUUUAAUAUUGUGUCCAGUAGUUCUUCUAAAGAGUGACUUAUGCCCAAAAUAAAAAAUGAAAGAUCAUUUAAUGUAGAUAAUCAUUGGAAAAUAAAAACAUCAUUCCUAUUAUACCUACUUAAAAGGCAUUUUCUCCUGGAGUUUAACAUAAAAGCACUGGAAACUUGUUUAUAUAUAUUUUUUUUCUUUUACUGUCUAUCAUGGUUGUGCCUGAUCUUGAAGUAGGCAGUUUAAUUUCACACAUUUUGGCAAAUCUACAUCAUGUCCUGCUUUAUCACAAAAAAAGGUAAACGAUGAAUCCUAGUACUAUAAAUGACUAACAUUAUUAUGAGGGAUGGAAAGCCAGAUGGAUAAAAAAGGAAUUUCUUUUGUCUGGUAAAAUAAUGAACCGUGCACCUGAAAGUGUAAAUAAGUGUGUUUUCAAAAAAUAGUUCUAAAAUGUCUCUCUAUCUUUUCUUUUCAAAACUUGUUCUCUGUUCCCACAUAUAUAGUUCCUUAAAAAUGUUUAGAGUAAUAGUGUUUGAAAUAAAUUCCUUUCUUUAUGAAAUAGAGACUGGCAGUGUCACUUUGCCAUGCAGUUCUUAAAAAGCAUACAUUCAGGUGUAUCGUUUUACGUGCAGUUUGAAAUCAAUAAAGCUGUGUUGCUGGUAUUGGAA